CAUUCAAAGAGAGAGCGAGAGAGCAAAUGCACAAACAUGACAGAGGCUGAGAUGUAAAAAAAAACUUUCUGAGGAUAAAGACAGAUCUGCAACUCCUUCACACGUCGGCCUGCCAGUAUGAUGAAAGAUUGCCUUCAGUUCCUCAUUGAGCCGGCCAAAAAGCUCAAGUUUCGUUUUAAGGAGACACGAAAGAAAGUGAAACAUGUAAAGAAAGAGCCAUUAAGCGAGAGUCAGCUGUUUAUAAUGGAGCUGGCACGAGAACUCAACAGAAUCUGUCAGAGGUCAGACGUUCUGGCUCACAUCUGGACCGGAGAGGACGUGUGGCCACCACACACCUGUCGAGAGUUCAUUGUAGAGACCGCCAACAUUCUGGAGAUGAAGGAAAACACAGAGAAGCCUGUCCAAGUGUAUGUGGAUCUGCAUCCAGAAAAGCGUGACUGGAAGACUCACCUACUGAGCAUGCUGGAGCAGGGGGGAGAGUACGACAUGGGCCCUCACAAGAGGAUCAUCAUGGACUGGACCAGAGCACAGAGAAACACGCACCCGCAUGGCAUCUGGCCGGGUGAGGCGGUGUUGAUGAUGCUGGAUGACCUGGAGCUGCAAUGGAAGCGAGGACUCCUGUCGCACCUGCAGUCUGCUGUCGAGCUGCUUAUAGGAGCCACUCUUGGAGAACAUCUGGACAAGGAGCUCAUUCCAAGACUUUGGCUGGUACAAAAACAAAAGACCCAGAAGAUCGAGUGCACUGGCUACAUUCCACACAUAGUGUGGAACUGGAUUUGUGAUGCUGCAGUGGAGGUGUCGUUUGACCCAGAGACGGCUAACCCUUCUCUGCUGCUGUCUGAGGACUGCAAGCGUCUGCAGUGCGGGCUGGAGCGUCGUCCUGUCCCCUGCAACCUGCGCCGAUUCGACGGCUGGUGGUGCUGCUUCGCCUCGCAGGGCUUCUCCUCAGGACGGCACUACUGGGAGGUCGAAGUGGGCGACCGUGACUGGCGCCUUGGUGUGGCCAAAGAAUCAGCCCUCUGUAAGGGCUACAGGCCGCUGAACACUCAGAGCGGGUACCUGACCCUCCGGCUGGAGAGAGGCUCUGAGCUCAAAGCCCUGACCGCACCCACAACACCCUUACCCACCACGCUCAUCCCGCGCCGAGUGGGGGUCUACCUGGACUAUGAUGAGGGGCAGCUAUCCUUCUAUGACAUCCAGAAGAGGGCGCACAUCUACACCUACAGCCAGAAGUUUACAGAGAAGCUUUAUCCGGUGUUCGGGACGGUGGAGAUGGUGCGCGAGAUGGUGAUCCGGCCUGCAGAUCUGAGGGAGCCGUGUCUCUGUAAGGGCCAGUGUCUGUUCUGCUAAUGCACACUGAUUUGAGAAAAUUCACACACAUUCAUGCGGUAUUUGAUCAAUGCUUACAAAAACAUAAAUAGUUUGAAGGAUGCAUAGAUGGUAUUUUUGAAUGAUUAUUUUUAUUUUUUAGAAAAGCUUUGUUUUCUGCACCGCUAGGAAUCGGAAAGGAGUUUUAAAACAAAAACCAGUUUGUGAUUGGUUUGAAAAACAGAUACAGUAGUCCCACCCAAAACUUGUCAUUGGUUGAGCCAGUAGUAGGUCUGUUGAACUUUAUUCAGACUGCUAAUGCAUGCUAAAUGGCAUCAUAUACUUCAAGCGUAAAAGCAAAAUUUAAAAUUAGUUUGCAGUUGGUUUUAGGAGUUAGAUACAUGCAGAAAAGUUUGCUUCAGCUGGUAAACACCACUAAACUACCAUCGGUUUGUGGCUUUUAUGUAAUAAGUAGGUGUGGUUCUGAGGCUUUUUUAGACACUAAAAUCUUUUGUAGUUAAAUUUCCUCUGUUUAAUUAAAAAAAAAAAAAACUGAGACCACAUGAAGAUUUCUUUAGAUUUAUUAGAUAUGGUUUUGGCUAAAAUGUUCAUAUUUAUUUAUUUAUUUAUUUAUUACAUUUCCUCCAUAUUUUAAAUAAAAAUCUUGCCAUUUAGAGUGUUUUCCCUCCAGAAUAUGUAAAUGACAAAAUUUCCAUAAAUUAUUGAUUUGACCCUUCUGACAUUAAAACAUUGAUAUCAUUUUGUCCUAAAAUCCUGAUAAAAACUUACACAUAUAUUAUCAUUAAACUACAAAUGUUUUUUUCUUUCUCAACUACAUUCACAAUCGAAAUUUGGAAGAAAACCGUUCACAGAAUAAAAAACUAAUGACAUUUUACUCUGAGACAGAAUUUUCCAACAUAGACUCAUUCUGAAAAUGUGGCCUACUGUAUAUACAUUUCUGAAGAUCGUGAAUUAUGUAGCUAGAAGUACGAAUGGCUGCAUUUUUGUCUUUAAAACGAACGCUAGGGGGGGCGCUAUGGUGCUGUUUCCUUUUCGCGGUUACCAGCUGACCACUGUCUUCCGUAUGGGCGGCUUCCCCCCGUUACAAGUUUGUCCAGUAGCUCACUGUGUACGUUGGCAGACUUGAGACGCAGACAGGAGUUGACCACGAGUGUGACGAAGAAUAGUUCCAGAAAACAGGUCAGACAAAAACUGAAAAAAAUAAAAUAAACCAGUAAAUAACAGGGGGAGAAUGUGGUAUAAUCUGAAAAUGUGGUAAAAAUCAGGCGAGAGCUUUUCUUUUUCUGGAUUUCAGUCAGUCAGUCAGUCGACAGCGUCUUCUGGUGGAUUUACACAAGAACAGCAGGGCCAAAUGGCACUCGCCAGAGAAAUUUUAGAUCUUAAAAGUGUACACAGUGACCUCUGGUGGAUUUGCAAAAACAAAAACUGCAAAAAAAAUUUUGCUCCUGGGACAUAUUUUGCCACUCUCCAGAAAUGUAAAUAGCGGUACGUUUUCAGAAUGAGCCUGGGUUGGAAUUUUCACUAUUCUCUAUAUUUUUCCAAAAUUUUAAAUCUGGUUUUAAAAUGAAAACACAGACGCAGUGUUUACACGCUGAAGUAAUCAACCUGCAGAUGACAUUUGUCCAUGCAUAUUACUCUGGGACUAAUUUAAACACUAAAACUGACAGCUUUUUCAAUGUGCAGCUAUUAAAAUGCUUUCUACAAAGGGCUUGUUUCCUCAAACUAACUGAUGCAUGAGUACUGGGAAUGUGUUUUUUUGUUUGUUUUGUUUUAGUCCCAAUAUUUAUGCAAUCAAUUCAUACACAGCUAGUUAACACACAAAAUUAGAUUAUUUUGAAGAUUUAUUUUUGAUUUUCUAACAUGAAAAAUCUCCUUUGAUUUGAUUGUUUAAUUUUCAAAAUUUUCUUUGUAAUUUUUCAUACUGAAAUCUGAUUCAUUUGCAGACUUGUGAUUGCUCUUUUUUCCAAUAUUUACCCAUAUAUGAGCAUUUUUUGUAUUAUUUGAUGUGCACAGCUUACAGAAAGCAAGAUAAGACAAACCCAAGGCCUGAAACCCAAAUAUAUUCAUUGCUACUCUGAAUGCACUAUUUUUCAUGAAAUUUGAGCAAAUAUUGAAUGUAGUCUUAUUCAUCUACAUGUUUGUUUAUAGAAGGUACUGUUAGUAAGUAGUACAUUACUCAAUGUACAGCAUUUUAGUAGGUCGCAGUGUCUUAAAAACACUUGAUUGCACCUAAAUCUGUUUCUAAUAAACAAAGUAGACACACAACGA